AUGCUCAUUCUGGUCAGACAAAUAUCCCCGUUCCUCACGCAUCCAACGUUUAUACUAACUCGUGUAGCUCCGUAUCCAAAAAGGACUCAUACCUGUGGUGAGCUAACUCCCGCGCACGCUGGCAUCCACGUCACGUUGACUGGUUGGUUGCUCCCUGAGCGCAAAGUGUCAAAGACAAUGUCCUUCUUUCCCAUCAAAGAUUCUUCUGGAAUCACCCAAUUGGUUGUACGCAAGGGGCAUGUGAAUGCUCAUCUGACCUCGUUGUCCGAUCUUCCUCUAGAGUCCACUAUUGCGAUCGAGGGUGUAGUCCUCGUAAGACCAGAACAGUCUCGCCGUGAUGAAGGCACGGGUCAGAUCGAGGUCCAAGUAAAUAACUUUACUCUCCUUAAUCCUGCCCAUCGCAACAUGCCAUUCAUACCAUCGGACAACCAGACACUGGUCAAUGAAGACCUCAGGGCACGUUAUCGAUAUCUUGAUCUUCGCAGGACAGCCCUUGCGGACAACAUCAGAAAAAGGAGCCAAGUUGCUCGAAUAAUACGGGAUACUCUGCAUGACGAUGGCUUUCUUGAAGUGGAAACACCACUCCUUUUGAAGUCAUCGCCAGAAGGCGCAAGAGAGUUUUUGGUCCCGUCACGAGUCGGUCAAUCAACUGCACAGCAUGAUGGAAAUGAUGCCCCCCUAUUCUAUGCUCUUCCACAGUCUCCACAGCAACCAAAACAGUUACUUAUCUGUUCUGGAGCUGUUGACAAGUAUUUUCAGAUAGCGAAGUGCUUCCGCGACGAAGAUGGUCGCAAGGAUAGACAGCCCGAAUUCACGCAGAUCGAUCUAGAAAUGGCAUUUGUUUCAUGGGGUGUGGACCCUAAGAUUUUCUCAACCAACACAUGGCGAAUUGGAGGCCACGAGGUUCGCGCCGUAAUCGAAAAGCUUGUUCGACGCAUAUGGCAGGAAGUUGAAGAAAUCACGCUUCCCAGCUCGUUCCGGGUGAUUUCCUACAACGAAGCAAUGGCACGUUAUGGUUCAGACAAACCCGACACUCGCUUCGAUCUAGAGAUCAAGGACAUUACGCCCUCGCUACCAAUUCACGCUCAGGCAUCGUUUGAAGACCUUGGCGACAUUCUCGAGGCGAUCAUUCUUCGUCCAUCUGAGAGCUCCUCAUUCCUUCCGGCAAGUGAAGAAUGCAACUACGAGAACGAACCAAAUGUCAGCCGCUCUGUGAUCGCCGAUAGUAAUCUGUUGAAUUGGCUGUGUGAUAACCGGUCUAUCAAUUUGAAGCUGACUGGCGAAGAGCAUGCCCUUUUGAAUAAGACGUUGGGAAUAAGUAGCGGCGAUACACUAUGGCUAUCUCGUCGUCGCAAAAUUCCCGAGGGUGGGUCCACAGCCCUGGGUCGCAUCCGAACACGCAUUUCUGAGUUGGCACAUGCCCGCGGAGAUUACGUACCGCACGCGGUCCCCCACUUCCUAUGGGUCACCGAGUUUCCACUAUUCACUCGUGCUGAUCCUGACAAAGAAUUCUUGGCUCACGGGCGAUGGAGCAGCACACAUCACCCUUUCACAGCGCCGAUGUGGCAAGAUAUAGAAGCCAUGUACGCAGGCCGUAUCGAUCAGGUUCGGGGACAACAUUACGACCUUGUUCUGAAUGGUGUUGAGAUUGGUGGGGGCUCGGUUAGGGUACACGAUGCUGCAAUGCAAGAGUACAUCUUUUCCCAGGUUUUGCAGCUGAGUGAUUCUGAAAAGUCAUCAUUUGAUCAUCUACUGCAUGCCCUCAAAUGCGGUGCACCUCCUCAUGGCGGAAUUGCUCUUGGCUUUGAUCGCAUGAUGGCUAUCCUUUGUAAGACGCCAACCAUUCGGGAUGUCAUCGCUUUCCCAAAAACUGGAGCAGGCACAGAUCUACUUUUCAGGAGUCCGGCGGCCAUCAACGAGCAGGUGCUAAAUCAGUAUGGUAUCCGACCCACACGUUGUUGA